UUUGGACCCGCCGGGCCGCCGUCGUUUCCAGAAAGGGUUUGACUGGAGGAACCUCUGGAGCAGCUGUUGGCUGGCUCCUCUGGCUGAUGGCAUGUUGAGGCACGUGGGCCAGUGGCAACAAGGGCAUCCAAUCCAGAGGGGGCCACUCUAGAGGCCAGGCCACCAGCAUCAUGGGCCAGUGUGUCACCAAGUGCAAGAAUCCCUCAUCAACUCUGGGUAGCAAGAAUGGAGACCGUGACCCCAGCAGCAAGUCACACGGGAGGCGGGGUGCAGGCCACCGUGAGGAACAGCUGCCAGCCUGUGGCAAGCCAGGUGGGGAUAUCCUUGUCAAUGGGACCAAGAAGGCAGAGGCUGCUACUGAGACUUGCCAGCUGCCAACAUCCUCAGGAGAUGCUGGGAGGGAGCCCAGGUCAAAUGCCGAGGAGUCUUCCUUGCAGAGGUUGGAAGAACUGUUCAGGCGCUAUAAGGAUGAGCGGGAGGAUGCAAUUUUGGAGGAAGGCAUGGAGCGCUUUUGCAAUGACCUAUGUGUGGACCCCACGGAAUUUCGAGUGCUGCUCUUGGCUUGGAAGUUCCAGGCUGCUACCAUGUGCAAAUUCACCAGGAAGGAGUUUUUUGAUGGCUGCAAAGCAAUAAGUGCAGACAGCAUUGAUGGGAUCUGUGCACGGUUCCCUAGCCUCUUAACAGAAGCCAAACAAGAGGAUAAAUUCAAGGAUCUCUACCGGUUUACAUUUCAGUUCGGCCUGGACUCUGAAGAAGGGCAGCGGUCACUGCAUCGGGAAAUAGCCAUUGCCCUGUGGAAACUAGUCUUUACCCAGAACAAUCCUCCAGUAUUGGACCAGUGGCUAAACUUCCUAACAGAGAACCCCUCGGGGAUCAAGGGCAUCUCCAGGGACACUUGGAACAUGUUCCUUAACUUCACUCAGGUGAUUGGCCCUGACCUCAGCAACUACAGUGAAGAUGAGGCCUGGCCAAGUCUCUUUGAUACCUUUGUGGAGUGGGAAAUGGAGCGAAGGAAAAGAGAAGGGGAAGGGAGAGGUGCACUCAGCUCAGGGCCCGAGGGCUUAUGUCCCGAGGAGCAGACUUAGUGGCUCUGUCUCAGGAGCAGCAGCAAGGAUCUGCCCGCUGCCCUGCAGCCAACCAAGGAAUUGGACCUUUCUGGAAAUUACUGAAGAUCCGGAUAUUUUCUACUUUACACCUUUCUCUGCCUUGUAUCUGAAAGGGCUCUAAAAUGCUGUAUCAUGUUUUAGGCACUUUCUUCACUUUUUGGUUAUUUUGGUUAUUUCUUUUUUGGGGGGAGGGUCCCCCAAAAUAUUUGAACCUGGCUACAUGUUGUGUAUCUUUUUUUUUUUUUUGAAGCCUUCAGAUAGAAUAAGCCUGCCAC